AUGAUCGACUCAGGACAUAUAUACCCGCGCCAUAACGACAGCAUCAACUCCCCCUCUAGGUCCACGGGCACGGAGGCCACAACUCUGAUCGAAGCAUUGACAUACUCAUCGUCUACCAUGACGGAUAAGAUCUCGGACAAGCAGGUCGCCGACCUAGCGACGCUGCUCCUAAAACACGAUGCCUCGACAGACACCAAAGUGAACGCCGUCAACGCCGUGAAGUCUGGUAUCAAGCAGCACAACGUCCCUGAGACGUGCGUACCACAGCUCUUCGACGUCCUCCGCAACGCCUCUGUCUCGCAGCAUGCCGCCCUCGUCAACGCCAGCUUCAGCUCGCUGAACCACUUACUCACCCGGCUCUCGCGCCAGGAGCCCAAGUUUAUCAGCAAGGAAGCCAUGCGCACCAUGCCUGUUAUCAUUGAGAAGCUCGGCGAUCAGAAAGAGAAGAUGAGAACUCUGGCUACGCAGGCCAUGACGACUGUGUAUGGAGUUGCGCCGGCUGAGGUGGAGCGGUCGGUGAGGAAUACGGCGAUGUCGGGUAAGAACCCGAGGGCGAAGGAGGCGAGCAUGCAUUGGCUUGUAACGAUGCACAAGGAGCAGGGGUUGCAGUUUAGGACAUAUGUUCCGCUGCUGAUGGAUCUUUUGGAAGAUGCUGACGGGAUGGUGAGGGAUGUUGCCAAGGCUACGGUCAUUGAGCUUUUCAAGACCGCACCUGCCGCAGCCAAGUCCGACCUCAAGCGACAGCUCAAGAACUUCAAAGUCCGGCCCGCCAUUGAGCAGGCCAUCGUCAAGGCCCUCGCGCCUACUGGCGGUGAAAGGUCUGAAACUGCGACGCCGAGCCUGACGACGAGCGUAUCCUCUCUUUCUGCUGGUGACCGUCCAAUCACUCCCAUGUUCGAGGGCAAAGCCGACGCCGUUGAGCCGACCUACGUCAACACCCAACGCGAGCUAGAGGAAAUCUUCCGCGAGAUGGGCUACCACUUCGAGGGUAAGGAGACGGAACAGAACUGGAUGAAGCGCGAGGAGGGCAUGGCGACUCUGAGGCGACUUCUUGUCGGCAAUGCCCCGUCCGACUUCCCCGAUGCCUACCUUAAUGGCGCGCGCGGGCUGCUGGAUGGAAUCAUCAAGGCAAUGAACUCGCUGAGAACGAGCUUGUCGAAGGAGGGGUGUGCUUUCGUCCAGGAUCUCGCCAACUGCUACGGCCCUCGAAUUGAUCCCAUGGUGGAGCUUCUGAUGCAGACUCUGCUCAAGCUGUCAGCCUCGACCAAGAAGAUCAGCUCGCAGCUCGCCAACACAACGAUCGAUAUUAUUCUCAGCAAGGCGACUUUUAAUAACCGCCUGCUGCAGCAUAUUUCGUCGGCGUACGCGGACAAGAACGUCCAGCCGCGCCUGUAUGCCACUGGCUGGCUAAAAACCAUCAUAAUAAAGGAGGAGCAGCACAAGGCGCAGAUUGAGCACUCUGGCGGGCUUGACUUGAUUGAGAAGUCGAUUAAGAGGGGUCUGGCUGAUGCCAACCCUGGCGUGAGAGAGAAGACCCGAGCGACCUAUUGGACUUUUGCUAAGAUUUGGCCAGGAAGAGCUGAAUUGAUCAUGGAAGGCCUUGACAACACGGCGCAAAAAUUACUCCAGAAGGAUCCAAACAACCCCAACUCUCCCAAGAAGGCAACAACGACAACUACUGCUCGACCGGGUCUUGGUCUAUCGAAGAGCACGAUGGGAUCCUCCAAGUCUUCGCUGAGAGAGACGGUGAUGGCUGGACGGAAGGCGCUGGGUGCCACGAGGAAUGUUCCGGCCCGGCCUGGUUCGGCCAUGUCUAGUUUUUCGCCGGUGCGGACUGGCGCCAGCUCCGCCGCACCAACCCCCGCUAGCUCCAAGCCUGCCCAACACCGCCUACGGCCAGAGUCUACGCUUGCCGUAAACUCGGGUGGCAUGUCCGCGGCACCCACGCGACCAACUAGGAGGCGCGCCGAGCUCGCUGCUAGACCUGCUACGGCCGGGCCGUAUUCGGUUCGGUCCCACGGCGGACCAUCGGCGGAGGCGAGUAGCCCCGUUGAUACCGUGAAAUCGACUAGGAGCGUCGCGUCGAAGCCGCCGACUACUAGCUCGCCCCGGCGCGUCGCGCAGCGACCCCGUCCGGGCCACACUUCCCACGCGAGUGAAUCGAGCAUUCCUUCUCCUACCAGGGCUGCCUUCUCCAAGCCCGCCUCUCCUCAAACUACGCCGGUGAAACUUAAGAAGGCCCAAUCUAGCCCAUGGUCGGCCAAUAGCGCGGAUAGGGCUGAGGAGCUUACUCUCGUUGUUCCGACUAUUGGAAGCCUGAGGACGUCUCCGCCCAGGGUCGUUCCUCCUAUGCCGAGCCCGAUUCCCGAGACACCUACUCAGGUCGAUUCAGAGAAUAUUCCUGCAUCGACCACCCCGAAGGACGCAUCCCCACCAAAGGCGUUGCAGGUCUAUGAGGAUCCGUUCGUCGAGGAGCAAGAAGAGACGCCCAAACCCGCAUUUACUGGUACUGUUCUCGAGGAUCGGCCCAUCAAUGAGAACGUGGUGCCAGCGGCACCCCUCCCUCCUUCGGAUGGUCAGGUUCCAGACGAGCCACCACCGUCCCCCGAAAAGUCCCGCCAGAACUCGCGGCUCCUGGAGAGCGGCAUCACGCGUAUCAAGGCUAAGUCUCUCGAUGUGCACGGCUUCAGGAAGCUGCAGUCCCUGAUCCGCGACAACAAGGCCGUCUUCACGGGCGAUAAGUUUGAGGCGCUGCUCCUCGGGCUCUUCGAGUUCCUCCAGGACCCUCUCGAGAACACGCCCCGAGAGAAAGUGCCGGACGUCAAGGCUCAGAUCCUCGCCACCAUCAAGCUCCUCCUGAAGAAGGAGCGUUUCAACUUCCAGCCCCACGUGUCGACGGGCCUCGAAUCCCUGCUCCUCGCGCGCAGCGCGUACGACUCGCGCACUUACAUCGUCAGCGGCCUCGAGCUCCUUGCCGACGAGCUCGUCACGCUGGGCGAUGCCCCAGAACUUGUCAUGACCUUGACGGCGCAGCUGGACAAGAGCACUGACACGACGGCGGAGGGUUGCCGGUGUCUGAGCAUGGGCAUGCACGCACUGAGGCAGCUCCUCGAGAAGCGCGCGUCGUACGUCCCCUCGGAGACAGAGCUCCAGCGGCUUGCGGCGCUCGAGAGCCGGUGCCUCGAGUCGGCCGACUCGGGUGUAAGGAUGGACGCCGUGCAGCUCUGCGUGGCGAUGCAUACGCGCGUUGGGGAGGCGGUGUUUUGGGAGGUGUUGAAAGGGAUUAAGGAUGAUCCUAAGAAUUUGAUUACGUAUUACAUUGCGAAGAGGCAGAGGGAGCAGCAGGAGGAGAACGUUGGCGUGAACGGAGACUGA